GAAAAGAAGUAAAUCUCAUGUUCAUUUUACUACAUCUACUGGUGUCUUAGGGACAUUUAAACAGCACAGAGAAGGAAUGAAAAGGCAAUAGAACAGCUCAGUAAGAUUCUGCAUGAAAAUGGGGCAAGUGCAAAUUUGCUGUCAUGUGCCAGCAAAGCGGCUCCUCCAGCUGCAGUGUCUGGCUGGGAGGAGAAAACAGAAGCCCACAACAGAUGAGAAGCUCAGACUGGGAAAUGAAGAGACUAGUAUGCUGUAAUUGGUAUCUUAGGAGCUGCAUGAAUGAAAUAACCCCUCAGGACUGCUCAGCACAGGUCUUCAGAGUGUCUGAGCAAGCAGCAGACUCUAUCAGCCCUCAGUGGCAGGACUGGGCUGCUUCAAAGUUCCUGGCCACUAACCACAAACACUGUCGCUUGCUGGGCUCAGUGAAGUAACCCGCAUGAGGCUCCUGCAGAUGAAUCACCAUCCAAACCUGAACCACCACCUCACACUCUGGAUUUACAUUUAAAACAGACAAGAGAUGAUUUCCAGGCUCCUUUGGGAGCUCUGCUCAGACAAGAAGCCAGCAGAAGCGGCAGGAGGGACAGCACCAAGAGAAGGAAGAGUCUGAUGCAAGAUGGGCUCCGAGUCCAUGGUGCCAGCUCUCCAGCAGCCUGGGUGCCGCGGAGGGAGCUCGUGUUCUCCUCGGGAGCGCGUGGGCUGAUGCUUUGCCACUCCACACACCUACUUCCUGCAAUCCUGGCAAUUACCAAUAGUGUAAAACCCAGCUUCUGACGUGGCUGACUCAGCAAGGGCUUGGCUCAAAACAAAUCCAUACGCACAAGGAACUGCAGCCUGGAAGCAGUGACAGGAGGCACAUGAAGAGAAAGAGGCGCUGGGGAUUUUCGGCGUUCCGGGUCCAAUCUGGCUGAACUGUUCCUGGACUUGCUUCUUCCAGCGUCCCGGUGCUGGUGAACGUGGCAGCCUCAGCUCUCCGAGGGCUUCAGCAGUCUCUCCUCUCCGCCUGUUGGACUGAGGUGCUGCUCCACCACAGCCUACAGGAACAGGGACGGAAGAGGUUGUUCCUGUCGUGCCGCCUGCUGCUGAUCCUGCGACACAAGUCCAGCACCUGCCUGUGAAGAGUCAUCAGUUUCCUCCUGCUCCUCUCAUCAGCAUGGAUACUUGGCGGAGAGGGUCCAUUAAAUCCACAACGUUCUUCAGACGGUUCUCACUCAGGAGACACAAAAAGCUGGGCAACCAAGUCAUCCUCCUUAACCAGAACAGCCACACGCUGGACAGUGAUGGACAGUGCCAGAAGAGGGAAUGCUUGAGGGAUCUGAAGGACAAGUCUGACUACCUGUCAUGUCAGAGUGAGCAAAACCUAGCCAAGGCACAAGCUCCCCCCAAGCCUCCCCGGCUGUACCUGGACAGUUCUAGCUGCCCCAACAUCAUCGACCACACAGAUUCUCACUCCAACAUCUCCUUUUCUGAUGCUACUCAAUACCAUAAAGCCACUCAAACUCAAUUCCACAAGGACCAGGCUACAGACUAUGGGACCUCAGAGUCAGGUUCCCAGAACGGCACCACUCUUUCUGACCUGUCUGACCCCUUCCUGUCCUUCAAAGUGGAUUUGGGGCUAUCGCUUCUCGAGGAUGUUCUGCAGACCCUCAGGAAACAGAACCCAAGAGAUUAUGCCAUUUGAAGGUAUUUAUCAUUUAACAUAUCCCAUUUCUUUACUGCUGCUGCCAGUUUCUCCAGUCCUAGCAGGAGGACGCAUGCAGCAUUCCUGUUGUGUGGCCUGUUUUGUUGUUCUCACCUUACCCAUCAUAGACUGUCCCUGUUCCUGUCCUUGCCACAGAGUUCUUCGGAGCAGAGCUUGCAGGCUCCUUGCUCAGAUGACAGCACUGUCUGCUGGAACCUUGUGGGCAAGGUCCCGUUCUCCACACUGGGAAUUCCCUGUUCCUGACUGUGCACCUCCUCCUUGUGGAAGAAUGGCAUCGUUUGGCAAAUGACUCGUUUUGGGGAUACGGCUGUGACACUGCAGAGCACGGACAGAAAGGGAUAUGGCACCAUCAUCAUCUCUGGAUAAGCAGGCGGCUUGCAAGGAGACAGUAGCAUUGCGUCUCAAAGCCAUAGUUACGGCAAGGGUCAGAGACACAAACUGGUCUUUCUUCUCCCACCGCGUUUGGAUGUGAAUGAAAUCAAAGCUGUUCUUCCUUUUUUUCUUCCUUGUGGGUUUCUUUCCCCCUAACUCAAGUGCAGUCGGCCCUCCCAGCCUGGAAACAGGUAAGCAUCCACACAGGCUCGUAAUACAGCAACAGCAGUUUAUUUAUCCUACUAGCAGGAGAAGAACUUUCUCUAGCUACUGCUGCUUGAAGCAUGCACUGAUCUAUCAGCUGUACAGAUAUGGAAGAAUAAAUGUAUCUGUGACUGGAA